GAAACUCUGACUUUUCAGUUGAGGCUCUGGGUGACAAACUCCAGUAACAACAACAUAUGAAUAUUUAAACAAGAUAAUGACGCAUAAACAACACCUAAGUAAUAAUAACAAUAUAACAUUUUUGAAAAAACAAGCAACCUGGGAGCAUGCCUACACGGUGCAACACUGGCAAUGGAAGCCCCCCCCCCAGUCAUUUUGGAUUUCUUGUUAAAGUUGUCCAGGAUGUAUGUUCUGUACUGCUGCUUUUUGAGUUGGUACUUCUUACUCUCAGUGAAUUAUGCUGUUCGUUUAGAGAUUACACCAUCACAUGUAAUAGCUGGACGUAAUGUCACAGUGAAUUGUGAGUUUGAACAAAGUUAUGAUUCUUCAAAUGAUGAUAUUAUGUGGGAGUUUCACAAGAACACAAAACGCCUUAUUGUCUGGAGGUCCAUCCCAGGAACUAACAUGCUAAGGGAUCAGAAUGAGCAUUUUCAUGGUCGAACAGAAGUUAAAUUCACGUCUGAAAAAGCCGUCCUCACUCUCCGGAGUAUCAAUCUGUCAGACAGUGGAGAGUAUCGCUGCAUCAUCUUCAUCAGGCGUGGAAGGAAUUCUGAAUAUUUAACCUCAAACUUUAGUUAUCUCAGUGUUGCAGCCCCGUACUCUAUCCCUGUGGUAACUGGCCUGAAUAAGACAGAGGAAAUAUCACUACAUUGCAUUUCCUAUGGUGGUUACCCAGAAGGUCAGCUCAUGUGGCAUUAUAGGAAUGGCAGCAUAUUGACUGAGUCUGUGUCAACACAGCACAUCAGUAAUGGAAUGGGUGCUUUUGUUAUCAACAGCACCUUAUCGCUGAGAAUACAGCAGAGCGAUGACAUCUGUUGUUCAGUGAGCCACACAGAUUUAUUACAGAGUUGGACAACAUGCCAAGCCCUGACAGCCUGUCAUGGAAAUUACCCUCAUUGCAUUUUAUUUGAUAUGUUUAUCAGCAUUGUCUCUGGCCUCGCCUUCUUGAUCAUUCUGCUCUUCAUCACCAUCAUCAUCAUCACUAUCAGAAUGUUCCAAGGAAGCACGCAAAUAAAGGCAAAACAACUGGAAAACUCAACUUAAUUGUGGAUUCUUUUUCAGUAACUUCAGAAACUGAAAGCAACAUGAAAGACUACUGUUCCUUGGUCAAUACUCUUCAAAAUACUGUAUUCAUUUCAACAUUACUGAUUUCACCAAUGAGAAGUUGCAUCAUACCUCCCAACCUCUUAGCACAAGAAAUUUGGACAAAGCCCGUAUCCUAUAUAUACACAAAUAAUUAAUUGCAAAUGAAUAAAUUAAUUGACAUAAAGUUGUGUUUAACUCAUUACAGCCAGGUGAUGCCUGCAGGUGUUUCUGCAGUUGUAUCCUACUGAUGCCUCAAGGUGUCGAAUAUUGCUUGCUCAUAUUUGCAUCAAUAAUUUCAAAAAUGUGCUACAUGCAAAAUAUUAAAAGAUUUAUUUUAAAGUUUACAUAGUGGCAAACACAUCUGUGUUGAUAUCUGACCUCUGCCUAGUGCAGUUAAAGAUAUAUUAAUUGCUGUUCAUGUAAUAUCUAUUUAUUUUGUCAUAAAUGUCAUGCUUUUCUAAAUAUCUGUAUAACCAAGUGGCACAGACAGAACUGCUAUGCCUCAUAUGAAAUCCCUCAGCUGGAUGAGCAAAGUGCUGCUAACAGUAUGUGUAUGUGUGUAACUUGAGUGGUUGCUGGGAUAUACAAGUUAUUUUCAAAGUAUUACAAACUUAAUAGUUACUAUGUUUGCAGUGACUUA